UAACCCGGAUAUGAAAGCACGCAAUCGGACAGACCACAUCCGGAGUAGAUGAUAGGCAUGUUUUGACUCUGUUUCCUUUCACUUUAUUUUCAACUUCAUUUUACACCGGUGUCAUGUCUCGGGGGUCAAGUGCAGGUUUUGACCGCCAUAUCACCAUCUUCUCUCCGGAGGGAAGACUCUACCAAGUCGAGUAUGCCUUCAAAGCCAUCAACCAGGGAGGACUGACGUCCGUAGCAGUCAGAGGGAAGGACUGUGUUGUGGUCGUCACACAAAAGAAAGUCCCAGAUAAGCUAUUGGAUCCCAUGACAGUCACACAUUUGUUCAAAAUUACAGAGAACAUUGGCUGUGUUAUGACCGGCAUGACUGCUGAUGGCAGGUCUCAGGUACAGAGGGCACGGUAUGAAGCAGCUAACUGGAUGUACAAGUACGGCUAUGAGAUCCCUGUGGACAUGUUGUGCAAACGCAUGGCGGACAUCUCCCAAGUCUACACACAGAAUGCCGAGAUGAGACCACUAGGCUGCUGUAUGAUUGUGGUCGGACUGGAUGAGGAGUUGGGUCCACAGCUGUUUAAGUGUGAUCCAGCGGGCUACUACUGCGGCUUUAAGGCCACAGCAGCUGGAGUCAAACAGACUGAGGCCACUAGCUUCCUAGAGAAGAAGGUCAAGAAAAAACUGGAUUGGACCUAUGAGCAGACCAUAGAGACAGCUAUCUCAUGUCUGUCAACCGUCCUGUCCAUCGACUUUAAGCCCUCAGAGCUGGAGGUGGGAGUUGUCACUACACAGGACCCAAGAUUCAAGAUUCUGUCGGAGUCUGAGAUUGAUGCUCACCUGGUGACUUUGUCUGAGAGGGAGUGAGGAAAGUUGGCAGCCUUUUUUGCUGCCAUUGUCAUUACUCUGAAAUGGAUGAUGAAUUGCAGCUCCAGAAAAAUCUGCCUCCUACUACAAGUCAGGAAAGUAAUGGAGGAGCUAGUAUCAGUUUUGUUCCAAACAGGUUACAGUUACACAGUGUGAGAGAGACAAACAAAAAGCUGAACAAUAUGGUCCUUUUUACCAGGUGGGCAGACUAUAUUACCCAUGUGCAUUUGCACUUACCCCUCCUCCAUCCUCUCUGGUCAUACCCAGGACAUGACUGCACAAGGUAUUAUCAACAUAUUGGCCCCUCCUGCAUUUUCCUUUGAGCCACACUGAGACUAUUCACCGCAGGCAGUUGCCAAAUGCCAUAGAGCCUGGAAAGAUGCUGGACAUUCAGAUCUGUCAACCAUGUAACACAUAAGUCUGAUAUUCUCUGUGGUUGCUGAUGGUGUCAGCCAUUGGCCCCACUGGAUGGAGCCCAGCCCAGGUGACUUCAAUUGUUGAGUGUGACAUGAGCAGAUUGGAAGACGGGGUGUGGUAACACUACGACUACAGCACAAUACCUCUUAAUACCUCUUACUUUGUACAGGCUUGGUGGUCUCGCAGCUUCUUGAGUCACUGUAAUGCAACAGUGCUUCCAAUCUUUACUCAGGGCUGCCUGGUGUAUCUCUCUCAUUUCAUCCAUCUGAUUUUUAAGUCUCCACCACCUUUAGUUCCAAGAUGAUGUUUUUACUCUGAUGUACUUUGUAAUAACCCAGGGAACAGCUGUGGGAAUUCUCCCAUUGCGACAGUCAUUAUUGUCACACCCUUGUUGAGGUCUGCUGAGGUCAACGUCAACAGGAAGUCUCAAAUUAUUUUAUUCUCUUCCCUGUGUUUUCAUCCUUCUCCCCUCUGCCACCAUUGCUGUAGAUUGAUGCACUUCCAUUAAACACAAUGUUUUAAUUGAA